AUGCCUGAACCAGCAAAGUCUGCGCUCAAGGCGCGUAGUGGAAAUUUCGAUUCGGCACGCUCAAUAGAAGAUGCCGAUUGUUUACGUAUAAUUCCUGCGCCGCACAGAGGUGAAGGCGAGAUCGUUCCUAUACGCAAAAAGGACCCGUCAAACCCGGCUACCUACACGUUCAACUACCAGCAAGACACCUACGUCGUCACGGAUACUUCCCCUAUCACGUUCUCCCGGCUACCUUAUCCAUGUUCGACUCAUCCUCCUCUAGGCUCCUUCCUCACGCCAAAAUCUCUAACGUCCACUGAGCUCACAUCUGCGGUGGACCUCUAUGGGAAGAACGAAUACAACAUUCCUAUUCCCUCGUUCUCUGCGCUCUUUGGUGAGCACGCAACUGCACCGUUCUUCGUCUUCCAGGUGUUCUGCGUCGCUCUCUGGUGCCUGGACGAGUACUGGUACUACUCGCUCUUCACCCUGUUCAUGCUCAUCGUCUUCGAGUGUACGGUGGUCUGGCAGCGGCUUCGAACCCUGACCGAAUUUCGCACGAUGGCUGUGGCUCCCUAUCCUGUCUACGUCCGUCGCAACAACGUCUGGUCUCAGAUCCAGAGCGACGACCUUCUCCCAGGCGACAUAAUCUCUGUGGCCAGGCAGCAGACGGAGACGAACAUCCCUGCAGACAUCCUCCUUAUCCGCGGCACUUGUAUCGUCAACGAGGCGAUGCUUUCCGGAGAGUCCACGCCGCUGCUCAAGGAAUCCAUCGAGCUGCUGGAUGCGAGCGAGCCGCUUGACGUCGAUGGGGCACACAAGAACGCAGUUCUCUUCUCUGGCACGAAGCUCCUCCAGGCGACUAAGGGUGGGGACACCCCGGACGGCGGCUGCCUCGGGGUCGUGCUACGCACCGGGUUCGGAACCGCGCAGGGCCAGCUGGUGCGGACGAUGAUCUUCUCGACGGAGCGCGUAUCAGCGAACAACGCGGAGAGCUUCCUGUUCAUCGGAUUCCUGCUCAUCUUCGCCAUUGCUGCGUCGUGGUAUGUGUGGACGAAAGGCAUCGAGCGCGACCUGAAGAAGUCGAAGCUGCUGCUGGAUUGUAUCCUCAUUAUCACGAGCGUCGUCCCGCCCGAGCUGCCCAUGGAGCUGAGCCUCGCGGUCAAUGCAUCUCUAGUCGCGCUGUCGAAGUAUGCGAUCUUCUGUACCGAACCUUUCCGCAUCCCGUCCGCUGGACGUGUGGAUGUAUGCUGCUUCGACAAAACUGGCACCAUCACUGCAGAGAACCUCGUCGUCGAAGGUGUCGUUGGCAUCGAUCCCUCGGACCCCAUCAAGCUCGUCGACGUCAAGGCGACGGGCCGUGAGACUACCUUAGCCCUGGCCGCGGCGCACGCCCUCGUCCGUCUCGACGAUGGAACGAUCGUCGGCGACCCCAUGGAGCGCACGACUCUGGACGCGCUGGACUGGCAGCUUGCGAAGGGCGACCACGUCUCCCCCGUGGACCCGGCAGCCCCGCACCGCACGCAGAUCAUCGUCCGCCGCCGGUUCCAGUUCUCGUCUGCUCUGAAGCGCAUGAGCACGGUAUCGAGCUUGCCGAACGGGAGGUGCAUGGUCGCGACGAAGGGUGCCCCCGAGACGAUCAGGCGCAUGUUGAGGGCGGUGCCUAAGGAGUAUGACGAGACGUUCAAGUGGUAUACCAGGAGAGGCAGUCGGGUGCUCGCGCUCGGGUACAAGGAGAUGGAGAGCAUUUCUCUGGAUAAGAUCAAUAAGCUGCCUCGCGAUCAAGUCGAGUCUGAUCUGCAGUUCGUCGGUUUCUUGGUCUUCCACUGCCCGUUGAAACCGGAUGCUGUCGAGACGCUCAAGAUGCUUGGGGACUCUUCUCACCGCUGCGUCAUGAUUACCGGAGAUAACCCGCUCACGGCUGUCCACGUCGCUCGCGAUGUCGAAAUUGUGGACCGCGACGCGCUCAUCCUCGAUGUGCCUGAGGGCUCGAACUCGCUUGUAUGGCGCUCGGUGGACGAUACCGUGAACAUCAACGUAGACACUUCGCAGCCCAUCGACACUUCGCUGUUCGAUAAGUACGACAUCUGCAUUACCGGCGCUGCUAUGAAACUCUACGAGUCGCACCCGUCAUGGAACGAUCUCGUCCAGAACACCUGGGUCUACGCCCGUGUCUCGCCCUCGCAGAAGGAAUUCAUUCUGACGUCACUCAAGAGUCUCGGCUACGUUACGCUCAUGGCCGGCGACGGCACGAACGACGUUGGCGCCCUGAAGCAGGCUCACAUCGGCGUCGCGCUCCUCGACGGCACGGAAGAAGACCUGAAGAAGAUCGCAGAGCAUCAGCGCAACGAGCGCAUCAAGAGGGUCUACGAGCAGCAGCUCAAGAUCUCCGCGCGGUUCAACCAGCCUCCGCCCCCGGUGCCGCCUGCGAUCGCGCACUUGUACCCGGACGUUGUUGAGGCGCAGAAGAAGGCGGCGGAGGACCUGCAGACCGCGCGGAAGAAGAACCCGAUGGAGAAGUUCGAUUUGGCGAGUAUUACGGACAAGUUGGCGGAGAUGGAUACCGAGGACGAGGUGCCGAAGAUCAAAUUGGGAGAUGCUAGCUGCGCGGCGCCCUUCACUUCGAAGUUGUCGAACGUCAAAGCGAUCACGCAUAUUAUUCGUCAGGGCCGUUGCACGCUCGUUGCGACGAUACAGAUGUACAAGAUCCUUGCCCUCAACUGCCUCAUCACGGCAUACAGCUUGAGCGUGCAGUAUUUGGACGGCAUCAAAUUCGGUGAUUACCAAGUCACGAUCACCGGUAUGCUCAUGUCCGUCUGUUUCCUGUGCAUAUCGCGUGCGAAGCCUGUCGAGAAGUUGUCUCGAGAGCGUCCUUUGGGGAACAUUUUCAACUUCUACGUGCUGCUGUCAGUGCUCCUGCAGUUUGCGCUCCACAUCGUCACCCUCGUGUAUAUCACGAACCUCUCACACAUGUUUGAGGAACGGGGAGCCAUCGACCUCGAGGCGAAGUUCGAGCCGAACCUCCUGAACACCGCCAUCUAUCUCCUUGGCCUCUCCCAGCAGGUGUCCACGUUCGCCAUCAACUUCCAGGGCCGGCCGUUCCGCGAAGGCAUCCGCGAAAACUCUGCUCUCUACUGGGGCCUCGUCGGCGCAGGGGCUGUCGCGUUCUCCGGCGCUACUGACCUGAUGCCCGACCUGAAUCGCUGGCUGCAGAUCGUCGAGAUGGAGAACUCUUUCAAGUUCAAGCUGACGACGACGAUGAUCGUCGACUUUAUUGGCUGCUACGUGAUCGAGCAAGUGUGCAAGCGCCUCUUCGCGAACCUAGAGCCUAAGCCCAUGGUCACCCGCGGGCGUGAGAGGCGCGAGAAGCGCAGGGCGGAGGAAGAGAGGAAGGCUGCUUGA